UGUGGGAGGAGGCAGGCACCUUUCAGGAGUAUCUGGGGACUCUGCCAAGGCGGCAGAGCAGUUUCAAACCGCCGUGGCGCACAGUGACAUAACACCGUGGUGUUUUCAUCAGUCGCUGAAAAGUUACCACCCAUUAAAAAUCUGCCAAUGACAAGGAAGAGAAACUCUGUGGGCGAUGUGUGAGUUUUGUUUGGUGCGGACGGCUUAAGUUCGGAGGAUGUUUUGGAUAUGGCCUCUUCUUUUUUUUCCUAGAGAGUUCACUUUUGUGGUCGCUGUAGUUUUGCAGCAGAGCUCGGAGCAUGCAGCUUAUACAAACAAACUGGGCUGAUCCCGGUCCUGACUCCCUGCUUUAGCUCACCUCUCAGGCCGGGGCCGGGGAGGAGAUGAGCGCUCAGGAUGGGACUGUGUCUCGGUACCGAAGUCACGGAGGAGAAGAAGGCGAGGAUCCACAGCGCCAAGAUAGACAGGGAGCUGUACGAGUCCGCUAAGAAGGAGAUGAAUGUGGUCAAAAUACUGCUGCUAGGUGCAGCAGAGAGCGGUAAAAGCACAUUGGUCAAACAGAUGAAGAUCAUCCACAGCAAUGGAUUCACCAAGCAGGAGCUCACCAGCUUCAAGCCUGCAGUGCUGGAUAACCUCCUGACCUCCAUGAAGUUCGUCCUCCAUGGCAUGGGCGUCCUCAGGAUCAACCUGGCUAACAGCAGAAAUAAGAUCCACGCUCAUUCUGUCCUCUCGUGUGGGCGAUGUUUUGACGAAGAUCAGGUACUGUUUCCUUUCCUCGGCCACGCCCUCUCCUGCCUGUGGGCCGACCAGGGGGUGAGAGCCGCAGCAUCCAGGGGAUACGAGUACGAGCUCAAUGACUCUGCUCUGUAUUUCUUUGAGAACAUGAUCCGCAUCACGUCUACAGAGUACGUUCCCACGGAGACGGAUGUUCUGCGUGUACGACUGAGGACGACGGGCGUGAUCGAGACCCAGUUCAAAGUCAACCACCUCAUUUUCAGGAUGUACGAUGUUGGAGGCCAGAGAACUGAGCGGAGGAAGUGGAUCGGUUGUUUUGAGGACGUUAGAGCGGUGCUGUUUGUCGUGUCGCUCAGUGGCUAUGACAUGACCCUGGUGGAAGACGCCUCCAUGAACCGUCUUCAGGAGAGUUUAAAACUCUUCUCAUCCAUCUGCAACAACAUUUUCUUCCGCAGCACAUCUAUGAUCUUAUUCAUGAACAAGAUAGACCUUUUUCAGGACAAGAUUCUACACUCCGGCCGACACCUGCGGUUAUACCUGCCACAGUUUAAAGGUGCAGACUGCGACGUGGAUUCUGCUGCCCGCUUUAUCUCCGCAACCUUCGUCUCACUCAACACCACGCCCAGCAAACUCAUCUACCACCACUUCACCACGGCAACCGACACCUCCAACAUCCAGGUGGUCUUCCAGGUGGUAAUGGACACGAUAAUCAGAGAAAACCUGGAGGCUGUGUCGCUCCUGUAGCUGCAGGAGGAGAUCUUCACCGGACAUUUGGUGAUGUCCACCUUUUGGAUGUCUCAUUUUAAGAGACAAAAAAUGGAAAGAUAAAAGUUUUAAGAACGUGAGGAUAAUUUGCUCGGAAGACUCUGACGCUCUUUGCCACAGCAGCAUUUCAUCUUCUGUUAUUUUAUGUAGCUCAGAAAAAACACUGAAGGAGAAGGACCUCUUUGAUUAAAUCUUCAGGGCUGAGCCCUAAAAUGUCUCAUUUUAAAACCUUGUGUUGAGAACUAUAGGCAUUCGGAAUGUUUUUGCUGAACGAUAGAUCAUGCCUUUGAAUAUUGAUAGUAUGCCAUUUAUUUGCCAAUCUCUUCCUCUGUGUGUGUGUGUGUGUGUGUGUGUGUGUGUGUGUGUGUGUGUGUGUGUGUGUGUGUGUGUGUGUGUGUGUUAGGGCAGGACACAGAAGGUGUGAGGAUUUACUGUUUGUCCGUUACUUCCUCGGUGUAGGGUUCACUCAUGCAUACCUCAGUGUGUUUGCCUGCUCAUCCAUCACUGCGUCUCUUUGCUGUCCUCCUCCUGUGCGUCACACCCUCCUAAUGCAUCCCACUUUGUGUUUACUUGUUCUGAGCUGAAGUCACUUGUUCCCAUGACUCUCAACUUGGGUUUAAUACACUUUUUUUUCAACCCCCGAACAUUAUUGUUCAUAUAUGUAACACUCACACUCAUAAACCUGAUUUGUCGACCAGAAUACAAAAACCUUCUGUGAUUUGUGUGGCAUUAAACCUGCUGGGGGCUGUUCUAUCACACCAGCUCCUCUGACUCCAGUAAUAAACAAGAUGUGGUAAUGACUGAUACUGACGGGAAAACAAAGAGAAAAACACCCUCAAGUGCCUUUUUUGAUGAUGGGUCUUUGCUGUCGAGGAAUUCAAAAGGUGUUUGAAAUAUUUGUAUAUUUUUACAUUCUUUAAAGUGUGUUCCAAAAUCUCAACACUCUCUUGCACCAUAUUCCCAGAUUGUGACUUUAUAGUUUGUACUGUGUUGUCCUUAAAACUGCAAUACAAAAUAAAUGAUGUGCUGGAAAAUGUG